AUGGACCAACGACUACUCCAUGGUUCUGACGGGAGCUGCCAUCUAUCACAAAUAUUACCACCACUUGUACACCACCUACCUUCCAGAGAGUCUGAGGGCCAUGGUUGACCAGAUGUCAAACUGUGAGGACAUCCUCAUGAAUUUUCUCGUGUCGUCAGUGACUAAACUGCCACCCAUCAAGGUCACCCAGAAGAAGCAGUACAAGGAAACCAUGAUGGGACAGAGCUCCAGAGCGUCCCGCUGGGCCGACCCGGACCACUUCGCCCAGCGUCAGACCUGCAUGAACAAGUUUGCCAACUGGUUUGGCACCAUGCCUCUGGUCCACUCUCGAAUGAGGCUGGACCCAGUCCUGUUCAAAGACCAGGUGUCCAUUCUCCGGAAGAAAUACAGAGAAAUUGAGAGACUAUAACCCUCCUGAGAACCCCCCCACCCCC